AUGCCUUACCUGAAGCUUCGAGAUGGAGCCGAGCUUUACUACAAGGACUGGGGCAACCCGGGAGGGGUCAUUGUCACAUUCUCCCACGGGUGGCCCUUGAGCAGUGACAAUUGGGAAAAUCAAAUGAUGUUCCUUGCUGAUCACGGAUACCGUGUUAUUGCGCACGACCGACGUGGUCAUGGUCGAUCUACUCAGACCUGGGACGGGAACAACAUGGAUACCUUUGUUGAUGACCUCGAGGAGCUUUUUGCCUACCUGAAAGUCAAAGAUGCAGUGAUGGUUGGCCACUCGCACGGUGGAGGAGAGGUUACCCAUUAUCUUGGAAAGCAUGGCACAGGCCGUUUCAAGAAGGCCGUUCUGGUUGGUGCCGUGCCCCCCCUGAUGGUUAAGACCAGUGUCAACACCGAGGGGACUGAUAAGUCUGUUUUCGAUUCGUUCCGAGAAGCAAUGCGCAAAGACCGGGCGCAGUUUUUCUUGGAUGUCCCCAGCGGACCGUUCUUUGGAUUCAACCGACCUGGUGUACAGAAGAGCGAAGGGCAAAUUCGUAGCUGGUGGCAGCAGGGGAUGAACACCAGCUUCAAGUCAGCGUACGACUCCAUCAAGGAUUUUUCAGAAACUGAUUUCACGGAAGAUCUCAAGAAGAUCGAUAUUCCGGUGCUGGUUCUGCAUGGGGAUGAUGACCAAGUUGUUCCUAUCGAGGCAUCUGGAUUAAAGUCAGCAAAACUGCUGCCACAGGGGACGUUGAAAGUUUACAAAGGAGGUUCUCACGCCAUUCACAACAUUAAUGUUGACGAGGUUAACAAGGAUCUUAUUGGUUUUAUCAGAUCCUGA